GUGUCUGUGUGUGUUCAUAAACUGUCCAGUCAGACCCCUCCUCCUCCUCCUCCUCCUCCUCCUCCUGCUCUCUUUUCUCUCUAGAUUCUUGCAGCAUUCUUCAUUCAGUGACAUCAACCCUGUUGCCUCUCCUUGUAAGCCAGCUGCAAACAUUGGGUGGUACCAUGGUGACUGACGUUUGGAAAGUUUGGACCAGGCAGGGAAAGGGCAGCUCUGGGGUCCAAUUAGACUGGAGCGGCAGAUGGCGUGCCAGUCCAGAAGGAUGGGGAGCAGCAUGGACGUUCAGAAUUUUCAUGGGAAGGAAUCAAUCUGUCUAUGGAAGACACCACGUCAAUCCUGCCGAGGCUCAAGAGGAACUCAAAUGCCUACGGCAUCGGGGCACUGGCUAAGUCUUCUCUGUCAGGUGUGUCAGGGGUGACCCGCUCCAUGAAGGAAAGAGUGACCAAGCCCACAGCCAUGGCUCAGGGUCGCGUUGCCCACAUGAUCGAAUGGCAAAACUGGGGCAUGCAGACGGUGGGUGCAGGAGGGGUCCCCCAGUCCCGCAUCACCACCCAGGAGCGGGAAAAGGAGCGGCGGCUGGAGAACGACGCUUACAGUGACCUCAGUGAUGGAGAGAAGGAGGCCCGUUUUGCUGCAGGUAUCCUGCAGCAGUUUGCGAUCUCAGAGGCAACACUUCUAGCCUGGUCGUCGAUGGAUGGAGAGAGCCCGCGGUCAGGAUCAAACCAGGGCAGUGUGGCUCAUCUGAGCGAGGUCAACCAGGAGAGCAUCACCAGUCGAGAUCAGAUCCUGCACCACUCGUCAGCAGAGGUGUGGCCUCACACAUACGUCUCCCAGGGCCACUACUGCCUCUCUUCUUCUGAUGCCUGGGAGCCAAUCAAUAAUGAUCCCUCUGGCGUGGCAUCUCCCCCUGCUGGCUCCUACAUGAUGGGGACCGACGGGUACGACGGACAGGCAGCGGCUCACUACCUGUCGCAGCAACAGCAGCAGCAGUUCACUCUCCAGCAGCAGAGUCAGCUACAGCAGCUGCAGCAGAUCCAACAGAUCCAGCACUACCAGCAACAGCAGCUCCUGCAGUAUCAGCAACAACAGUCUCUGGAGCACAGGCUGCACAGCGCCAACCACUCUUUGCAAGCGACGCCCAACAGCACCAUCCACAGUUUGGUCCAUCCCGUUCACCCUCCGCUGGUUGAUCUGUGGAACACGGGGCAGGUGGAGGCCUAUCAGGCGGAGGCUGGAGGCUACAUGGGCGUGGCGGCGGUGGUGGAGCCGAGCCUCUGCGUCCCCUCUGGAGACGACAUGGUGGGAACGGAGCACUCCCCGCUACUGGAACAGCAGGAGGAGGAGGAGGAGGUCAAGGAGGAGGAGGUGACACUGUGCAUGGAGCCAGAGUCGGCCACGUUGACUCCACCCACACAACAAGGGGAUGCCUCCGGAGGCAGUAGUCCAGGGCAACCGCCGGCAGAACCAAUCACAGAGAGGAAGGCCUCCGAUGUCACCUCCGGCCUCAUUCAGACGCUCGAGGAGAAGGAGGAGGAGGAGGAGGAGGGGCCGGACGCUUCCAUGGCAACCAACUGAGUUCCUGGCUGUCAAGAGACUCCUUAUUACAAACUGACCAGGGAGUUGGCGAGGAAUGAGCGUAAUAAUACAAUAUAUAUCUAUUAAUCUGUUCCUUUUCAGGUAUCACAAACACGACUUUUUUGGUUACGAGAUGAAUUCUUCAAAACGGUGAGAAACAGAUUUGGAAGUGGACUCUUAAUGAGACGUGAGCUGAUGCAACAAAGGACACCUAUUUCUUUGUAAGCCUUACAUCCCAAAGGUACAAGAAGAGAGGAGCGAGGAUGGAGAAACUGAAGAGGAGGAGGAGGAGGAGGAGCAACGACUGACAGAGACAUUUUCCAUCAGGGAAAUGAAACCACGCUGAGGAGAGGAGGGGAAUGGAAACAUGCAUGCUUUUUAUGAAGACAAGCAACUUGACCCUGUCAUCGUCUUACAAUGAUAAUGAAAAUCUAACAUAAUAAAACAUUAUAAUAAGAAUAAUUUUUGUAAUAAAGCAAAAAAAAAAAAAAAAAGAACACAAGAAAAAUCUAUGUAUAAGUGUAUGAUAAGAUAAAAUAGUUUUCCUAUGGGAGAACUACUCUGUUUACAGCUGUUACUGGACAUAUUAGAUAGUGUUUAAAUUAAUUUCCCUGUUGCAUCAAACACAUACAGUAUACUUUAGUAAUGGUGACCCAGACCAUUUCACACAUAAUUCAAGUAGGCCCAGAAAAUGUCAGCAUUUCAGUGAAAUGCAGUUUAACCCUCUAAAAUAAAUUCUUCUAUGAUGCUGUGGCACCAGGAUGCCCGAGGCACAACCCAGGGACAGGCCUGUCCUGCUGACUGCACACACUGAACACUGCACAGAUAAGGAUUGUACUGUAAGAUAGUGUGCUUCCUAACUCUGUCUCUCUGUAUGCAUGUUUCUUCAGAAUACUAUGGAGUACCUGUACUAUACAGCACUGUAUAGACUUUGCACUGAACCGUAGUAUCCCAGGUGGGGCCACAGUGGACCUGCGGUGGGCUCGAGCGGAGAAAUAAAGACAGAGCUGCAUAAGCGAAAUCUCUUUUUUGCACUGAUGCAAUCCAACAGAUCAGAGGUUGCCUUUGGACUGUUGACGUUACCCCGGUUUCCCGCCCCGAAAAAGCUUUCAGCACCACUGACAAACCAAAACCGAGCCACUUAACAACAUGAAUCCUCAGCUGCUUUUUUUUUUCCUUUUUCUUUUUUUUUUCCGCAGACGUAGUCGUGAUAAAUUGAGGAUGAAAACCACUAUUUUGAAUGUACUGAAAGACAGACAACACAGUACACGAGCGAUACUUCUGAUGUCUCCUCGCUGUCCGCAUGGGAGGGAAUCAAACACUUUCUUAAGAAACAAAGACAAACAAGGGGGAGUCUUUCAAAAUGUGUGUUGAAAAUGGAUUCACUGCUGGCUCACCUAGACCACCACUACACACACACACACACACACAAAUAUCUAAAUUGUAACCAGCAAUAGGCAGGCAAAACACUGGCCUCCCAACAGACCAGUGUCAGCUCUGUCGUUUAGAUGUAAAUAGUCUGAGUAUAUAAAAAUUGUUUCUCACCCACAGUCACAACUGUUCUAGUACAGUAUGAUUUCUUUAUUUUUUUACACCUCUCAGUCCCACUUUAGUUUUGGGAUUGCUCUCAAGCUCACACUUUAGGCCUGAAUUUUGGUUCCUCUUAACGUGUACCACCACACAGAGACAAAUGAAACGUAGGAAAACAGAGCGACCACUCAAACUGGAGGGUGUUUUCACCUGCUGAAUCCAUCAGCGAGGGAAACAUAGUAUAAGCAGUAGGUCUGAGUUCACAUGUACUGCUCAUUCAGGGAACAGAAGACUUAGAACUGAACACGUAGAUCGGUGUCUUCCUGCUCAUCGUGAUAACUGUGAAGCAGCUUCCUGGAGUGUAAUAGUGAUUAUAAUGAUGUUUGAGGGAGCAUGAGUUCGUCCCCCCCUCCGUUUUUCUUUCUUUCGCCUGAGGAAGAAUGGGUGUUUUCUAGCGAGGAGAGGAGUUAAACAGAGACAGUGAACAAAGUGGACGUUCUGUGCAUGUCUCACUGACGAACUUUACAACAAUAUACAACCACUGUUUUCAUCUUUUCCCUGUUGGGGAGCACCUUCUCCUCUCACUCUGAUGAUUGUGUGAGAAACUUUUAAGAUAAAAAAAAUCUAUAUAAAUGGUUUAUUGACUUGAAUGAAUUUAUUUAUUGAUUGCUUCUUUAUGCAAUGUUGGGGACAAUGUUUAUUUUUCUACUAACUUGUUGAAAUCCCUUCCAGUAUAAGUUAGAAUAGGUGUCAUUGUUGUAAAGCAGUCUUGUUUUUAACGUGGUUUUGAGCACUUUACACACAGAAAAAAACACUUCAGUAAGAGAUGAGAGAGGGAUAGUUUGGCAGCUCUCAAUGAUAACAAGUCUAUCAUCACUUUAUUUCACUUCAAGAAUCCCAGUUUAGAUCAUAAAACAACCUACGAGGGCUCAAAACUGCAAGCAGAAUGUCUUUACACGAUGGCACGUAUUCAUUUAUUUAUUGAACAAUUACUUGGUGGGGAGGAAUAAUGUGACAGCUUGUACAGAGUCUAUAAUUUCAUGUAGGUACCAACCCCUCUGGGAGCAGUAUCUUUUUCUUUAUGAGUCACCGUUUUAAAGACGUAAUGCAGUGGGAAAGACUAAUUGCUUUAUAUAUCUGUUGAUGGUAACAACUGUAAAGCUUAUUUUGGUUCGACUGUUUGUUAAAAUGAGGUUCACGAGGAAAACGUGCAUGGACUCAAUUAAACCAGAAAAGACACUG